AUGUGUUCAGUAGUUAUUUUAGUACCAAUUAAUCCAUUUUUUAUAUUUGAUGUUGGUGAUCUUGUGAAUAAAGUAAUAAAAUGGCAGCAAACAUUACCGCUUAUAAAACCUUUUUAUACUGUGAAAUGCAAUGACAACUCCCUUGUGCUAUCAGUUUUAGCUAUGCUUGGAACAAACUUCAACUGUGCUUCCAAAGGUGAAAUAAAAAAAGUUUUGGAUUUGGGAAUAAAUCCUUCACGUAUUAUUUUUUCAAGUCCAGCAAAAAUGGCUUCACACAUAAAAUAUGCCAAAAGUACACGCGUUAAUAUGUUAACAUUUGAUAAUAAAAUGGAAUUAUAUAAGAUAAAAGCUAUUCAUCCUUCUUGCGAAUUGAUUAUACAAAUUCAUCUUAAUCCAAAUGAAGUACAGUAUCCCCUUAAUAUCAAAUAUGGGUGCGAUCCUUAUACUGAUGCACCAAUCUUAAUGUUAAUAGCCUAUAAAUUAGGGUUGUCUGUUGUUGGAGUAAGCUUUCAUGAUGACUCGGAGCACCAUAAAUCAUUUUCCUCUAAAGAAAUAAUUACUGCUGUAACACAUAUUUUCCUAUUUGCCAAGGCGAUAGGUUUUAAGAAUAUGCACAUUUUGAACUUUGGUGGAGGAUUUCCUGGAAAUAAAAACACUUCAUUGGAUUAUGUUACAAGCUUAGUGGAUGUUAUACUUAAUGAUAAUCUGUUUCAUGGAGUGACUAUUAUAGCAGAACCUGGUAGAUAUUUUGUGGCUUCAGCAUUUACACUAUCUACAAAAAUCUAUUCAAUUGGAACCCGUCCAAGUGAUAAAAAUCAUAUUAUGUAUUUCAUUAACGAUGGAGUUUAUGGUUCUUUCAGGAGUAUUUUUAAUGGUCACUCAGUUGUACCUAAAUCUUUAUAUGAAUUUCCAAUACGUCCAAUUUGUGAGAGUUCCAUCUGGGGACCUACCUAUGAUGAUUUAGAUCAAAUAAUUGAACUUGUCAAUAUGCCAUUGAUGGAAAUGGGUGAAUGGAUUAUUUUUGAAAAUAUGGGAGCUUAUACAAUAUCUGUAACUAGCGAAAUUAAUGAAUUCUCACUUCCCAAGAUCUUUGCAGUUGCUAAUCAUAGCAUUUGGAAACAGUUGAAAAACUUAACAUCAAUAUCUGAAGAUCAUUCCUCAAUCGUGACCAUUGUUUCUGCAAUCAAAAUGAUGCAAUUAGAAUUCAGCAAAGAUAAUACACAGAAUAAAAAUGAUUUGUAA